GUCGACGUGACGAAGGAACGACCACGACGGCUACUCGUACUACUGCAGAAGUUCUUGGCAGUAGUACAAGUAGCCGAGUUGAUGGAACUCCUCGGACUGCACAACAUCAUGUAGUUGGACAACCAGAGAAGAAGAACUAUCUUCACAACGCCUCGAGGACCUCCUCUCCACCAACAGCACCAGCAUCUCCCAGUAGAACAAUAGAUCGGUAUACUACGCCAACGAGCCGUGGAGGUACUAGGAGGAAAUUAGCAAAGUCGCCCUUGUCACAUUCUAGAAAGAUGGCUCGGUCACCAAAGAGCUCCGAUUCUAGAAAAAUGGAAAAAUUGAAAGACGAACUUCUACUCCACCGAGGAAAUAGUAAAAAGAACUCUGGGAAGAUUUUACUAGAUGAUGGAGCACGAGCAGAAGCAGCAGGAACUGAAUCAGUUGUAGAUGAUGCACGUGUAGUACUACGAACUGUUUGCGAUCCGUCUUCUAGUUCUACAAGAGAUCAACUACAUAGACAUCUUCACGACGAAGAAUCUUCUCCAUUUUUAUCUCCACUUGUAGUAGAUCAGGUUGUUGAGGUUGAUAAGGACCAAGAUAAGCCAUCCUCCUCGUUUUUCCUGCUUCCGGGCAACAGGGGUUGGGCAGAGACGCUUCGUGGGCAACGGAAUGACUUCCGCGAACGAGCCAGAGGGGAACGUAAGGAAGCAAAAGCCGCACUACGAGCUGCCUACGCUGAUGCGGAACGCGAAGCGCAAUCGCCUGAGAACGCAGCAGCAAGGGAAGUUUAUUUAAGGCUUCGUCCCCUAAUCCAUCAUUUUGAGAGACGAGUGACAUCUUCCUGAAGCGUGCGGCGCCUUUCAAGAAGGCGAAGAAAAGGCACCCAGGACGCAUCGGCAUCUCGGGAUGGAUUCGGGCGAGCUCUAAUGUAUCGGCGAGAAGUUGCAGAAGCGUGUCUCAAUUCGGGUCGCAUCUGGGAAAUAGAGGGCGAACCAGGUGGAGGAUGGGGAGCAACCUAUAAUCUUCUGCAGACUGGUGUUGAGGAACAAGAACAGGGUCAAGAAGAAUUCUCGACUGAGGAACAACAAGAUCUACAUCUAAAUGAUAGCGUUAGUGGUACUAGUGGAAAUUCAAAAUCAAGCAAGAACAAAGCGGGUGCGGCAAAGGCAAAGGUGGGAUCACCUUCACCGCUUUCUCGAAAUCGAGUCGAAACCAAUAAAAGUGGGGAUCCUGGUGCUACCCCCAAAGCAGGGCCUUCCCUUCGGAAGGGUGCUUCGCAGGUGAUGAACGUUGCAGUUUCUAGAGCAAAGAGCUGCACAGUCGCCUGUAAAAAGACAAAUAACAUAGAAGGAGGUUCAGGAGGUUCUCCGAAUUAUAAAGCAUUCUUUCAUGAUCCAGAUUCGCCUGGAGAAAGCCGAAAUCCUGGUACGUUGUCAAGCAACUCUUCUGGCGAUGAAGAGGAAGAUUCUAUGUUACGCCAAUAUGGACGCACUGGCGGUGGAAAGGAAGAGUCACUGGUUCACGAUACGUUCUUCAAGCGAUACCGGAGAGCCUCGUUCUUCACUGCAGGACAAACAGGCAAUAACAAGAGGAAAGAUGACACCAGGAAAGCCUUUGGUGGGGGUGGCGACGAAGACGCUGAUGGGGUAGGCAAUCAGAUGAAUUCAACUCAAGACAUGCUGGUUGGCAAGACGCGAACCAUAGACCUCCAUGCUGUAGGGAAGCAGAGCACAGUCACAAGCGGAAAAGAACUGCUAUGGAGGAUGUUUGGGUGCUUUUGGAGGAAGUGGUCAGAUUUCUUCUUGUUUUCAUUAUUUUGAUAGCUCUUUAUAAUCCUGGUGUUGCCAAAGUAAAAAGUGUUGUAAGUGGUUCAAACUCUACGCUGUACUAUGCUUCUGGUAUUUGGUAUAGCCUGACUUUGAUCACAAGGAUAAUUCUCUUCUCCUCCUCCUCCUCCCUUUCAUAUUCAACCGGUAGAAAAGCGAAUGGCUUCGUUGAUCAACACCACGCGUUCGACUACAUCUACGAACCCGAACUCCAUUCUAGCGGUCCUCCUUUCACCUCCACGCAGCUAGAGCAAGCUGCAUCACUCCCUCUGCUCCAAAACAGCGACUUCGAAAUCGAGGUAGAACCGGAAAAUACGCAUAUUAUAUCCUUAGCCUGGACGAAGAAUUCAUCUCCAAAUGUGUACGGUUCUAGUAUUUGGUGACCUGAAUUCGCUCACAAGGAUUCCCUUCCUGUUUUCCUCAUGAUCAAAAUCAGGUUACCAAAUACCAGCACCAUUCAAAAUGCAAACACAACAUCAUCUCACGAACAGAGCCGUGGUCUUCAAAGACAGGCUUCGAGUCCAAUGCAGAAGACUGAUCUUGUGACACAGGAUGACCUGUAUAUUCGCGCACUUGCAAAAAAAUUGGAGAUACCCCUACUCUCUGCAGAGCGCGUAAAAACCGUAUUCGACGAACACGAUGUGGAUGGCAGCGGCAGUCUAGAAUAUCCUGAAUUUGUCACUGUCUUUCUACAGCUCCUAGCACUGCAGAGUGGCGUUCCUGGUGCCAUUGCCGCGCUACUAGACGAGGUGGAUCAAGAGCAGGAUGACGAACAAGGUCUACUAGGUCUGGGAGCAGAGGAAAAGGAUGAAAGCAGCAAAAAGGACAAGAACAACAAAAAUGGCGAUUACGAUGGACGAGCAAGUUUGAUGAUGAAGAGGCGACGGCCAAGCAAGGAACAGCGACGUGCAAGUUUGAGGAUGCUCGCAAGGCUGAGCAAAGACGGUACAAGUGCAAUAGACUACAGCCAAAAUAUUAACCAUGCUGACGAGACUCUCGAGGUCGACAGUACUUCUAGAGGCACGACAACAAACAGUUGUAACAGCGCAUCCUCCAACACGAACAAGAAUAAACAAGAACCAUCAUCUUCGAUGUUAGCAUCCCCCGGCAACGCUGUUCCCGGAGGUGCCGCUAGUACAACUGCACCAGGCGCUCCCGUCAAAUUUCCUAUCGAUCUGAAAACCGAUUUUCCGCCUUCAAGGAUACGUGCUUUUUGUUAAGGCUCCUUAAGUAGUUACAACCUACUUACUUGUUCAAUCCAGCGGACAGGUAAUCUGAUCUUGAUCCAGUUGACAGGUAAUCGUUACUUAUUCGUCUCCUCUGACGGGAGAAGUGGUCUGAGAAAACCAACCUAGGGAUCUAUGUAUAGCACUCAAAUUUAACUAAUAUUCCUUUAUCAAGAAGCAGAAAAGGAUGCAUGCAAUUAGAAGUAUAGUGCAUACCCGUCUAAGGACUGGGUAUAUCAUCAUCAUCGUCAGCUCUAAUUUUGGCAAGUGUUGGAUAGCGAUCGGAGUGGAGCAGUCGAGUUUGAGGAAUUUUUGGUGUGGUUCUAUCACACUUUCGAAUUGCCUACAUUGUCCCAGCGCACAGUUCAAGCGCAGAAACGGAUAGUGUUGGCUCGUGAACUAAGUCCCGGUCGCCGUGGACUCUCUAGAGGCGAACGAAGAAAGCGGCAGCAGAAGGAUCAUAUGAGAGGAGGUAUUCUUGAGGUCAAGGUGUAGAUGGCUUAAAUUAGAGUAGUUUAUAGAACGGAUGUAGGAUGGACUUGGAUGGAUCGGAUGGACCCCCCUGAUUCUUCCGAUCCUACUUGAAAUGGUGGGAAGUCCAUCCGAUCCAUCCGAUCCAUCCCAUCCCGGAUCUGGCACCCCUAUAAACUGCUCUAUAAUACUUUUAAGCUUUCAAACUGCUUGUGAAGUCCUCUAAUUUAUUUAGUUACAAACCCUUGUUGACAUCCCUAUUAUACAGGUUUUGCCGACGUCCGUCACGGUCACAACCAAGAGAUAGACUCCGACGAGGAGAACAGUAUGCGCGAACGUGGCACUUUCGUGCGGUUUCUUCUCGACGAUUUGUCGAAGGGAGGGAAGGGAAGCGAGGAACUAGAGGUUGCUGAGAAAGCGAUGAGGACACUAUCUCCGCAAGAGAUAUUCUUAUGCAUCAUGGUCAGCUUUUGUUUUUCUCCAUCUUCUGUCCCAGCAUCUCUUCAGUAAUAUCCUUUUGCUCCCAUAGUGAUCUACAACAAUCGCUUCAGGAGUACCCUUUUGCUAGCGUAGAACAAGAUGAAUAGAUUAUUCAUCAAGGGAAAUAUGGGUGGCACGAACAAGUAGAUGGAGGGACCGAGUAGUUCGCGGGACCAAGGUGGAUUUGGAUUCAAGCCCACUCUAAUAUUCUACAAAAUGUCAGCUGGUGGCCUCGGCCGUGCAGGUUUAGUACGAGAGCAAGUGCAGAACGGCUUCGCUGAGAAUGCAGAACUCUUCGCACGAUGGUUGGAAUGGCAAAAACGGAACUGCAAACAAAAAACCGGACCUUUAUCAGCGAAUAAAGUGGCAAGACCAGCACUACUAGUGGAAGAUAAAAACACGGUUGCUCAGGGUUCAUCGGUAAGAAAUCAGAAGAUGUUGGUGAAAUAAGAAGUACAACAAGAACUUACUAAGGCGAAGUAGUUUCUCACGCAGAUCACAAGCGGAACAAAACAUGUUGAGAUACAUAGUCAUAGAUACCACGACAGGCACAGAGGCAGCAUACUAGUAACACGAGUACAUGUUGUUCUUUUGAAUGCCGCUUCGAGGAAAGAACGAUGAUGCAUCUUCAUAUGUUGAGCUUACUUAAGAUGUUGCACAGCCACGACUACAGGUACAGUCUAGUAAUUUUCCACAUCAACCUUGGAAGCUAUCCAUAGUUCUCGAUACUUCUAUUUCUAAGUACAUCAUAAUAAUCCCUUUCAAGUGUAACUGGAUCAUUUUUUAUCGAAACAUGAUACCAGCAUAAAGUUACAGAUACUACUCAAAAUGAAAAUAUUACCUGCUUACAUCUGACAGCAAGAUUUUUAAUAUCCAUGAAGUUGGCUGUUCUGGAUUGUAACUCAUUUUCGUGCUACCUUUUAACUACAAGGUUAAAUGUGCAGACAAUCAAUCAUCUUCGUUACAUUGUAGAUCCUGCUCAUGUAAAUAAAACGUAAGCAAAAUUGCCUCCAUUAUGUUGAUGUAGUUUUUUGCCCAGAAGCAAGUAGAUUGAUUACCACCUUUUUAAGACGUACUAAUAUUCAUUGCCCCAGUAAUGCAAGUAUCAUGAUUUGAGCGUGUAGUUAGCAUAAUUGCAAGUACUACAACUAGUGACCUCCACCUCCCAUGUUGUGCAUGUACUAGUAGUGAAGUGAGUGAAGAUACAAGAUUUGAGCAGCGAGAAGUAAGCUUAUUUUCAGACCAUACAGUUUUGGUUGAAUGGCGCAGUCCACCUCUCCUCGCUUUGAAAUUUCCGAAAAAAUCGAGAUCUGCUUAUGACUGACCGUCAGAUUUUUUUCGGCAUUUUUACCAUAGAAUCGGGAA